CCAUCCUCAACAACCUCCCCACACAAACUUAUUCAUAUAUAUAUAUAUAUAGAUAAUCUUCUACAAUAUAACUCUGCCUCUCAUUGCUAAAGAACCCCCUCGAUCAACUGGUUAUACAUCAAGAAAAAGAGACAUUUUGAGAUGGGGUGGGCUCAUCUCUUGUUGAAUCUCACCCUUGUGUUGUGGCUACUAUGCCUUGUCCAUUAUGCAGAGGCAACCAGGGGAAGGGGAAAACCCAUCACGAUGAACGCGAUCGAUAGGUGCUGGCGUUCGGACCGAAAUUGGGCAAAAAACAGGAUGCGUCUCGCCGCAUGUUCUGUUGGGUUCACAGGCAAAAUGUGGGGCAACGUGAAACCAAGAGUGCGCCACUAUGUCGUCACCUCAAACGUGGAUGACCCAGUGAACCCAGGCCCCGGCACUCUCCGCGAUGCCGCCACCAGGCGCAGGGGCCGCGCCUGGAUCACAUUCAGCCACUCCAUGACCAUCACCCUGAAAAUGCCCCUCCUUGUGAGCAGCUUCACCACCAUCGACGGUCGAGGGGCUGAUGUCCAAAUUGCCUAUGGCUCAUGCCUUACACUAUCCGAGGUCAACAAUGUCAUCAUACAUGGCCUGCGAAUUCACCACUGUGUGAAGACCAGGCCGGGGCCCAUAUUGGGCUCAAGGGGGCAAGUGAUCGGCAGAUACGAGCGCAUCGAUGGGGAUGCCAUUGCCGUUGUGGCCUCGUCGAAAAUUUGGAUUGAUCACAAUACGCUUUCUCGGUGCCAAGACGGGCUCUUGGAUGUGACAAGGGAGAGCACUGCCAUCACGGUGUCCAACAACUGGUUCAGGGACCAUGAGAAGGUGAUGCUCCUCGGACACGACGAUGGGUUCGCCGGUGACCGCAACAUGAGGGUCACUAUUGCCUUCAACCACUUCGGCCCAAAUUGUGACCAGCGCAUGCCCAGGAUCCGGCAUGGGUACGCGCAUCUGGUGAACAACUUCUACGAUGGUUGGACACAAUAUGCAAUCGGAGGGAGUGGUAACCCCACCAUCAAGAGUGAAGGCAACUUUUUUGUAGCACCUGCAAACUCCCCAAGCAAAGCGGUGAUAUGGCAAGCAUAUGGAGGUGGAAGUAAAUGGAAUUGGAAGUCUAGAAUGGACGUUUUCCAAAAUGGUGCGUACUUCACCCAAGCUGGCAAUGGCAGGGUGAGACCUCGCUACACAAAAGAGCAGUUUUUUGCAGCACAGGGAGGAAGGCGAGUUCGUGCCAUGACCAGAUCAUCUGGAGCCCUGCGUUGUGUUCAAGGACGCCGAUGCUGAUCCAAUCCAGUUCUUAGUGAUGACGUUCUAUACUAUAUGUAAAUUAUAUGGUAAGUAAGUUUGAGAAUGUUAUUGCACUUGUAUAAAUAAAUGUGACACCAUUGGUGUGAUUUAGUUUUAAAUGACAUGUCAGACAACAUGCGAAUUUCUUCAAGAAACAGAACAAUUUCCCGAGUAACUGACUUUUUUGUGCAUGGGGACCACAGUUAAGAGAGAGGAGAGAACCACAGUUAAGAGAGAGAGAGAGAGAGAGAGAGAGAGAGAGA